GGAGAGCGGGAGCCGAGCGGCCCGGAGCAAACAGCGCCGAGCAGCCGCCGCCUCAGCAGCAGCAGCAGCGGCAGCAGUAGCGACCGUGCACGCCCGGGCUGCGGCCGCAGUAGCGCUAACGCGAGCGCCCGCCGCCGCCCUAGCCACCCCGCCUGCCCACUCUCGCUGCCGCCGGGCUCUCGCUUUCUCCACGGCCUCCCCUCGACCCUUCCCCUCCCCCUUCCCGGCACACUCGGGGGGCUGGGAACGUGCUGCCAUGUGAUGCGCGUCCUCUCCGCGAGCUUUCGGUGACCCCCCUCCCAGGCUGCGGGCCGGGAGGACGCGGGGAAGAGGAGGCGAAAAAGGACGCAAAGUUCUCUGACGAGUGCAGCUGUCUGCUUCAGGAAGUGACGUCUACAGGAACAAGGUGAAUCUUUAAGAGCUGCCUUGCGUUGUGACAUGUCUAAUCUCUUGCUGCAGUCCCUACAGCAUGAACAAGGUGGACACUCGCUGACCUGUCACAAGGUUGCCCCACAGAGCUUUGGGGUCCAUGUCUGAAUGGAUUGCCGUAGCCUUCUCUUCUCUCCCUUCGCCCAGUUCCCUGCAUCCUAAGACUUGAAGCCAGCACGGGACCUGGAAAAAUUACAUGGUGUGAACGGCAUGUCUGUGGAUGAGAAACCUGACUCCCCCAUGUAUGUGUAUGAGUCCACAGUCCACUGCACCAACAUCCUCCUGGGCCUCAAUGACCAGCGCAAAAAGGAUAUUCUCUGUGACGUGACUCUGAUCGUGGAGAGGAAGGAGUUCCGGGCCCACCGAGCUGUGCUGGCCGCAUGCAGUGAAUACUUCUGGCAGGCGCUGGUUGGACAGACGAGAAAUGACUUGGUGGUCAGCUUGCCUGAGGAGGUCACGGCCAGGGGGUUCGGGCCGCUGUUGCAGUUCGCCUACACCGCCAAGCUGUUACUCAGCAGAGAAAACAUCCGCGAGGUCAUCCGCUGUGCCGAGUUCCUGCGCAUGCACAACCUGGAGGACUCCUGCUUCAGCUUCCUGCAGACCCAGCUCCUGAACAGCGAGGAUGGCCUGUUUGUGUGCCGAAAGGACGGUGCGUGCCAGCGCCCGCACGAGGACCGUGAGAACAGCGCCGGAGAGGAAGAGGAGGAAGAGGAGGAGACGAUGGAUUCGGAGACGGCCAAGAUGGCUUGCCCCAGGGACCAGAUGCUUCCAGACCCCAUCAGCUUUGAGGCCACUGCCAUCCCAGUACCAGAGAAGGAAGAAGUUUUGCUGCCGGAGUCCGACGUGCCCGCGGACACCAAGGAGAGCGCGGCAAAGGACGCGUUAACGCAGUACCCCAGAUACAAGAAGUACCAGCUUGCGUGUACCAAGAAUGUCUAUAACGCAUCAUCACACAGUACCUCAGGUUUUGCAAGCACGUUCAGUGAAGAUAACUCUGGCAGCGGCCUCAAGCCGGGGCUUGCCAUGGGGCAGAUCAAAAGCGAGCCGCCCAGCGAAGAGAACGAAGAAGAGAGCAUCACGCUCUGCCUGUCUGGAGAUGAGCCUGACGUCAAGGACAGAGCCGGGGACGUGGAAAUGGACCGGAAACAGCCCCGCCCCGCCCCCGCGCCCGCCCCCGCCCCCCCUGCCGGGGCCGCCUGCCUGGAGAGGUCCAGGGGCGCGUCCUCCCCCUCCUGCUUGAGGUCUCUGUUUAGCCUAACAAAAAGUGUGGAGUUGUCCGGCCUGCCCGGUACCUCUCAGCAGCACUUUGCCAGGAGUUCCGCGUGCCCUUUUGACAAGGGGAUCACUCAGGGUGACCUUAAAAGUGACUACGCCCCUUUCCCGGGCAAUUACGGACAGCCCCACAUGGGCCAGAAGGACGCGUCCAGCUUCACAGUGGGGUCGCCCCUCAAGGGGCCUGGGUUGGAGGCGCUCUGUAAACAGGAAGGAGAGCUGGACCGGAGAAGUGUGAUCUUCUCCUCCAGCGCUUGUGACCAAGCGAGCACCGCGGUGCACUCGUAUUCUGGGGUAAGCGGUUUGGACAAAGAUCUCUCUGAGCCGGUGCCAAAGGGCCUGUGGGUGGGGACUGGCCAGUCCGUCCCCAGCUCACAGGCCUACCCUCACGGUGGGCUGAUGGCUGAACACUUGCCCGGAAGGAUGCGGCCCAACACCAGCUGCCCGGUGCCAAUCAAAGUCUGCCCUCGCUCGCCCCCGUUGGAGACCAGGACUAGAACUUCGAGCUCGUGCUCGUCCUACUCGUACGCCGAGGACGGGAGCGGGGGCUCGCCCUGCAGCCUUCCUCUCUGCGAGUUCUCCUCCUCGCCCUGUUCCCAGGGAGCCAGAUUCCUUGCCACAGAACAUCAGGAACCAGGCCUGAUGGGAGAUGGAAUGUACAACCAAGUCCGACCCCAGAUUAAAUGUGAGCAGUCUUACGGCACCAACUCCAGCGACGAAUCCGGAUCGUUCUCGGAAGCAGACAGUGAGUCGUGUCCUGUGCAGGACAGGGGCCAGGAGGUCAAACUUCCCUUUCCUGUAGAUCAAAUCACAGAUCUUCCAAGGAAUGAUUUCCAGAUGAUGAUUAAGAUGCACAAGCUAACCUCAGAGCAGUUAGAGUUCAUUCACGACGUCCGCCGGCGCAGCAAGAACCGCAUCGCGGCCCAGCGCUGCCGCAAGAGGAAGCUGGACUGUAUUCAGAACUUAGAAUGUGAAAUCCGCAAACUGGUGUGUGAGAAAGAGAAGCUGUUGUCGGAGAGGAAUCAGCUGAAAGCGUGCAUGGGGGAACUGCUGGACAACUUCUCCUGCCUUUCCCAGGAAGUCUGCCGAGAUAUCCAGAGCCCCGAGCAGAUCCAGGCCCUGCAUCGGUACUGCCCUGUCCUCAGACCCAUGGGUCUCCCCACAGCCUCCGGUAUGAACCCCGUGCCCUUGGGCGCGGAGCAGAACCUUGCCGCCCCCCAGUGUGCGGUGGAGGAAAGCGUGCCCUGCUGCUUGGAGCAGGGCACAGCGGCCCCCGGGCCCCCCUGGGCGCCCAGCAGCGCCUCAGAGAACUGUACUUCUGCUCGGAGGCUGGAAGGCACUGACCCAGGAACCUUCUCAGACAGAGGACCUCCUCUGGAACCCAGGAGCCAAACGGUGACCGUGGACUUCUGCCAGGAAAUGACUGAUAAGUGUACAACCGAUGAACAGCCCAGGAAAGAUUACACCUAGUGACAGCCUGCCUCCUAGUUCUCAGCCCUCUC